AUGGCACACUCAUUCGACUUUUCGACCACGGGGACGUCCGUGGCAGAGAUGUUUGCCCUCGCGAUCAAGGGCAGGACCAUCCUCAUCACGGGCGUCAACAAAGGCGGUUUGGGAGGCAAGAUGGUUGAGAUCCUCAGCGCCCACGCGCCCAAGACGCUCAUCCUCGCGAGCCGCACGCCGUCCAAGAUCCAGGAGAUCAUCGACGAGGCACACUCAAAAUCGCCCGACACGACGUACAUCGCCGUCCCGCUGGACCUCUCAUCGCAGCAGUCGUGCCGUGCCGCAGCCGCGUCCAUCAUAUCCAACGCCCAGGUCGAGCAGAUCGACAUCGUCUUCAACAACGCCGCCGUCAUGAGCAUUCAAGACCGCCAACUCAGCCCCGAAGGGAUCGAGCUGCAGUUCGCCACCAACCAUAUCGGCCACUUCCUCUUCACGAACCUGCUAAUGCCGAAGAUCCUCGCGGCCGCACAGUCGAGUCCCACGGCGGGCCGCACGCGCAUCGUCAACGUCUCCUCGCGCGGCGUGGCCUACAGUCCGGUCCGUUUCUCCGACAUCAACUUCGACAAGGAGAUGGGCAGCCUGCCGGAGGACGAGCAACCUAACUACGCGGCUCUGGCCGCCACCGGCCGUCCGGUAGAGCUCACCGAGACGUACAACCCCACCGUGGCGUACGGGCAGUCCAAGUCCGCCAACGUGCUCUUCGCCUUGGGGCUCACGGCGCGCCUGUACAAGAAGCACGGCGUGCUGAGUUUCGCCCUGCACCCGGGCGCCAUCAUGACGGAGCUCAGCCGCCACUACCCGCCAGCGGCCCUCGCCGCCAUCGUCGAGAAGUUCCAGGCCGAGUUCAAGAGCGUCGACCAGGGCUGCGCCACGUCCUUGGUCGCGGGGCUGGACCACAGUCUCGCCCCCGCCGACCUCAGGGACGGCAGCGGCAUCUUCUUGAGUGACGGACAAGUCACACCGGCGCCGGCGUGGGCGCAGGAUCCGAAGCUGGCGGAGAAGCUGUGGGAACUGAGUGAGAAGCUGGUCGGACAGAAAUUCGAGUAUUGA